CAAAAUGUGUCAUGUGUUGUUCCUGGUAGGCUACUCAGCCUAACAGGCUUCAUGUGUUUAGGUGGGGGCGGGCUAGGACAUAUGCUGCCUCGCAGGAACAAAUAUAUAAGCGUUGCCAGUUUGUUCGUUUAUAAUUCAUCCCCCGAGCAUUGGACAAUAGACCGGAGAUACGAAGUACGAAUAUCCAACAUCAGACUUUAAAUGAAGCUCGUCAUAAUCCGGAUUUAAUAGUUUAAACUGCGCGAUACGCGGAGAUUGUCAUCAUCCUAAGCGUGACAGAGACGCGUUUGCCAACAGACAGGAAUUACUGUUACAUAACUGAGAGCUGCGGGAUAAAAAUUAGUAAAUUAUGUUUAUUAAAGAAGAGAGUGAGGACGUGAGUUAUCCAGAAUCAUGCAGUUCAAAUGCCAUGAAAAAUGAAGAUACUGAGGAACAAAGAGGCCUGAUGGAAGUGAAACAGGACAGUCAAGAACUGAAUGAAGUGGAGGAGAAGAACCAUCAGUUUCAGAGACUUAAUGAUUUUAUAACUGGACAAAACUCACAUAAAAGAACUCAAAGACCGAGAGAAAAAAAGUCUUUCACCUGCCCUCUGUGUGGAACCAGUUUUUCAGAGAGAUGGCACGUUAAGAGUCACAUGAGAGUCCACACCGGAGAGAAGCCUUUCACCUGCCCUCUUUGUAUGAAGAGUUUCAGAGAAAAUAGUAAUCUUUGGAGUCACAUAAGACUGCACACAGGAGAGAAACCUCACACCUGCCAUCUGUGUUUGAGGAGUUUCGCACGUAAAGGAAAUCUUAAUAUGCACAUUCGAAUCCACAAAGGUGAGAGGCCUUUCACCUGCCCUCAGUGUGGGAUUGCUUUCACACGAAAAGAAAGUGUUACUAAACACAUGAGAAUUCACACUGGUGAGAAGCCUUAUACAUGCCCUCACUGUGAGAAGAGUUUCAGACAGGCAUGCAAUCUCAAAAAUCAUCUGUCCUUGCACUCUGGAGAAAAGUCAUAUAGAUGUGAUCCGUGCGGCAAAACAUUUUCUUCAGCAUCAAACUUAAGAACCCACUUGAAAAUUCAUGCAAAUGAGAAAAUUCAUUCAAAUGAGAAGCCAUACUUGUGUUCACUUUGUGGAAAGAGUUUUUCACAUCUGCACACUUUAAAAGAGCACCAGAACAUACAUACUGGUGUGAAAGAUCAUGCGUGCUCUGAGUGCGGAAAGGCCUUUUACAGAGCUUAUGACUUGGAACGUCACAAAAGAAUCCAUACUAAAGAAAAACCUUACAAGUGUUUACAUUGUGGAAAGAGUUUCAGUCAGUCAGGAGGCCUGACAUCACAUGAGAGAGUGCAUACUGGAGAGAGGCCGUACCACUGCACUUCAUGUGGGAAGAGUUUCAGCCAAGCAAGUACUCUUCGGACUCAUAAAAAAAAACAGCAUUGUCCAGAGUUUUCACAAUGAGCAGCAUUCAUCUUUGUGUUAUGUAAAUGGUGACAUUUUUGAAGAAUUUCCCCCAAAAAGCAAUUUCAUUUAAAAAGGGUGAUUUGCUACUAUACAUUACAGAACUCAUUUAGCACUGCAGGUAAGGGACAGAGGGAUGUUGGCCUUAUCCAGUAAUACUGCUAAAAAAAGUAUGUAUAUAUAUAUAUAUAUAAUACCAAUGUAUAUUGUGCUGAAUGUUCAUGAUAUCUGUUGUGAAUUGCAUCUGUUAUGGAAUGUGUUACUCUAGGGACAUUUCAUUUGAUCAAUUUAUUUGCUGUUCAUUUAUCUAUUUAAUGCUAAGAAGAUGUAAGUCCAAGGCAGUCUGAUUAGUUUGUGGGACCAUGAAAAUGGGACUCAACAAUGUAAAAAUUGUUGUAACCUAAAAACAUCCAUUGAAUGAUUGUAAAUAUGAUGAGUGGUCUCUUUCUUAUUAAAAGAAAGCACAGUGUGUAUAACAGUUUAUUUAGUGCAACAUAUUCAAUGUAAACAAAGAUCAAUUGGAGCAAACAAACAAAAGUGAAUAAAAGUUAAAAACUGAUUUUGUGCGAACAAAGUGUGCAGUCAGUGAAAGUACAGCAAUGUUGAAAAAAAAAGUGUGUGUGUGUGUGUGUGUGUGUGUGUGUGUGUGUGUGUGUGUGUGUGUGUGUGUGUGUGUGUGUGUGUGUGUGUGUGUGUGUGUGUGUGUGUGUGUGUGUGUGUGUGUGUGUGUGUGUGUGUGUGUGUGUGUAUUUAAAGAGCACACUGUGACGAGUAGGAGGGCAUGGCUGGGCCGUGAAGGUGCAAGGCCAGUGCUGAGUCAAAUAAUCGGCGAGAGAGAGAUAAAGGGGAGCCAGAGACGCCAGUUUGGGAGAGAGACAUAUGUGGCCAUGCUGUGUGUGUUUGUUUUUUUUUUUUAUGUUGUUUUCAGUUAAGUUGUCAUUAUGUUGACUAGCCUGCCGGUUCCCGCCGCCUGCUCGCUGCCAUCUACCCGAGGAGGAGUGGCUGUUGUCCGCCAGAGGGCGGAAGAGUGGCUAAGGACCAGGCGACGGCAUGUCUAGUGAACGGUGAGCAAGUUUUUUUUUGUGUGUGUGUGUCCUGCUCAUCCUUUCCCUCUCUCUUCCCAGGAGGCGGGGAGAGAUGGGGAGUCCGGAUGGCGCCCCGGCCUGAAUCAGGCGGUGGAGGAGUGUGAGCAGGAGGGUGUGGCUGGGCCGUAAAGGUGCAUGGCCGGCGCAGGGUCCACUAAUUAGCAGGAGAGAGAUAUAGGGGAGCUGGAGAUGGCAGUUUGGGAUAGA